AUGUCGGCGACAUCGUCCUCCACGGAAACCGUCAUCGACUGGGAUGAAGCAGCUGUAAAUGAAUGGCUCGCUACUCUCGGGUUCACCCAAUACCAACAGCAGAUUUUUGACCACGGCAUAUCCGGAGAAAUUCUCUGCCUGCUUGACCAUGAUGGGCUGAGGGAGGUCGGCGUUCACUCGGUCGGCCAACGACUUACCAUCCUCCGCGAGGUCUACCACUUGAAGGUGGCUCAUGGCGUUCCCAUUGAACCUGAGCAUUAUGUGCCGCCCUCUGAAGUAAUUGAAACCGCUGACCAAGAGGGCGUCUCACUUGAUCGCUUGCAUGGAAUGAUUCAUGAAUUAGCUGAAAGAACUAGAAUAUUGGAGGAGGAGAACCGGAAACUAUAUGACAGUUUGCAGUUGUGCAUAGAAGAAAUGACAGCACUGCGGAUAUCAAAGUUUUCAAAUGGUCGUGAGCCCGGCAUCGUGAAGCAGCCGUCGUUCCGGUGGGCUGAUUACAGUCAACCAACACUUUCACCGACUCGAGCUGCUAAUGACACUACCCAUGAAGUAUCCCCUCGCCCUUCACCACAGAAGGUGGAGCAUGAUCCAUCAUCCAUGUCAAGCCACGCGCGACGUCCACCGCAGACCGCUCCAGUUCCUGCCAAGUCUGAGAUCAGCCGCCCAACUAUAGAUCGUACUCAAUCUAACCCCACUCUCAAUCCAUCAACCCCAUCUGCCUCAAAACUCACACAAAGCCGAGAUGCAAGUUCGAGUUCAAGCUCCACAGCAACACCGACAGGGGAGAACCAGUUCAAGAGCUUCAAAGUGAGCUUAGAUGAUCCGUGUUGGAAAGUCCUUCCCGCUGCGCUCAAGAAAUACAAGAUCAGCGAUGACUGGCGGCAGUAUGUCAUGUUCAUCUGUUACGGGAGUACGGAACGCUGUCUGAGCUAUGACGAAAAGCCCCUCUUGCUAUUCCAGAAAUUAAAGGACGCGAACAAGAAUCCCGUUUUUAUGUUAAGGCACAUCAAGGAUAUACGUUCUCCCAUUGCUGUCGCGCAGCAAAAGCAGUCUAUGCGGAUUCGUGAGGCCGUUGCCAACAAUCUAUCCCAGCUGCCAAAAGGUGCAAACGCCGCCCAGAAUGCUGUCGCGGCAGCGCCGUACUCUCGUAACACGAGACUGCAUCAGCCACCAGUUUUACAUCCCGUGAGCGUCCAGGCGCAAGCUGUGAAAGCCGCUAAUGCGCAAAACACGAACGGGGGCGGCGCAUCUUGGCCCGAGACCGCUGACUCACAGCCUGAUUCUUCACGCGGCAAGAUACAAAGUGGGGAUGAGCCAAGCCCUCAUCCCGAUGUAAAAGAUAGUUUAGCUGCAGCUGCGGGUGGCACGUCUUAUGCUAUCGCCAUAUAUCCUUAUUUGGCCGAACAGGACGAUGAGUUUAAUGUGGUAGUGCGGCAAGGCUGGUGGAUUGUCCAGAAGGAUCCCAGUGGCGAAGGCGUGAUUGAUGACAAAGCUCCAAAAGGCUGGGUCCCCGCAGGCUGCCUUCUCGAAACUCAUGUGCCCACCGCAUUGGCUAUAUCUGAAGCAAAAGCUGCAAACUCUCCUUCGCGAGCCACGGGAUUAAGUUCUAACGAGUCUCCGGCGACCGCCCAUAAGUCUCCCAUCCUGCCAUCGAAGAUUAUAUCAACAAGUUUCCCCGGCAUCGCGCUUAUGAACUACCCUGGGAGGGGUGAGCAUGAGCUAACACUAGCGAGAGGAGAUGUUCUUCGGGUCUUCAAACGAUAUAACCACUGGUCCUAUGCAAUAGGAGAAGACACAGGCGACCGUGGUUGGGUGCCGAGUUGGUUCGUUGGUAAAUAUACACCUGGAACCACGCUCCCGUCGUCAAGCAUUGUUCCCCCAACUCCAACUGGCACCCACGUAGGUGAAUCGUCCACUGAUAGCUCGGAGAUUGGUGAGCGUUCGGCUAAUGGGAACGGGUUGUUGAAUGGUUCGCCAUUAAGUCCCGCAUUCACCACUCCACACACGAAAGGCGGCUCGGUCCUUCCCAUCUAA